UUCAAAGGUUUUUGUGCUGAGAAAGAAGGUGAAUCAUCGAAUUCCCCAGCCUGGGGCUCGCUUCUAUAUUUGCAGUUUAUCGCCAGAUGUGAUCUACAAAGUGAUGAUGUCUACGAAGGACAACUCACGUCCACCCAAGUCUGGACUUACUUUUCUGAUCUCGAUAGACCGGAAUAUGAUACUUAUCUGGCCCUGGUUCACACAAGAUUUUCGACCAAUACUUUCCCCAGCUGGGAGCGAGCUCAUCCUCUGCGGAUGCUGGCCCACAAUGGCGAGAUAAAUACGCUCCGGGGCAAUGUCAACUAUAUGAAAGCCCGCGAAGGUUUGAUGAGUUCGGAGCGCUUUGGUAAACGAGCCCUGGCCGAAUUAUAUCCCGUCGUGGAACCAAGCGACUCUGGAUCGGCCGAUUGUGUACUUGAAUUUCUCGUCCACGCCGGAGGCAGAUCUCUACCGGAGGCCAUUAUGACUAUGAUUCCGGAAGCCUGGGAACAAGACCCGAUGAUGGACCAGGAGAAGAAAGAUUUCGAUAGAUGGGCUGGAUGCUCCAUGGAACCGUGGGACGGACCAGCUUUGAUGGCCUUCACAGACGGACGCUACAUUGGCGCUGUUUUUGACCGAAACGGAUUGCGUCCAUCGAGGUACUACGUUACAAAGGACAAUGUGGUGGUCAUGGCAUCGGAAGUAGGAGUCUACGACGUCGAUCCUGCCGAUGUUAUGCACAAAGGGAGAUUAGAACCUUCGCGGAUGCUAUUGAUAGACACGGCCAAUCGGGUCAUCAUCGGCGACCACGAGAUCAAGAUGAGUAUCGCCCGCAAUCGCCCACAUUUCGAUUGGCUGGGCCAGCUGGUCACUCUGGACGAUAUAAGGAAGACGUCGGCGGUAAUUUCCUGCCAAAACGGUCAACCGCCUUCCAUCGAACCACAACUCAAAUCGGCCGAAGAAAUCUGGAAGAUUCUGUCGCUGUUCAACUACACGCUCGAAUCUCUGUCUCUACUACUCGUCCCCAUGUUUACAAACAAGAAGGAAGCGCUGCGAUCGAUGGGAUACCGAACGACUUCCAGCCGCUGCUCUACGAAUAUUUUAAGCAGCUUUUCGCUCAAGUUACUAAUCCGCCGAUCGAUCCUUUUCCCGAACGAAUUGUCAUGUCGUUGGCUUGUCCAAUCGGUCCCGAGGCCAAUAUCCUGGAGCCCAGCCAUCAGCAAUGCCGUCGCUUGUACCUGGAACAACCGAUUUUGUCGCCGGAUGAUUUGAAACUCAUCGUCAACUGCUCCGCCAAUGACUGG